AUGGUGGAUGCGCCGACGGGGUACUAUGAUGAGGCACCAGGGCGGAUGAGUGCUAUUUAUACGGCGGGGAUGAUGGCGAGGAACAGGGCAGAGGGAGAGACCGAUGUUUUUGUGCAUGAUGAAACCCUAGUCAUAUAUCUCUCUUUCAUUGUGGACUCUUCACUGUGCUCUCGGAAGAAACGCUCGUGUAAUUAUCAGAUCUGA